CGCUGCUCCAUCAGACCGCGCAGGCGCAGUAGCUUUUCUGUGCGCUCUACUGUUUGCAUUGUGUCUGAACUGCCGGCGAGCUUUAAAAAUAUUAUACCCACCGCGGCAAUGUCGGGCAGGUCAGUCCGAGCUGAGACCCGGAGCAGGGCGAAAGAUGACAUCAAAAGGGUCAUGGCCGCUAUUGAGAAAGUACGAAAAUGGGAGAAGAAAUGGGUGACGGUCGGAGACACGUCCCUACGCAUCUACAAGUGGGUGCCAGUGACGGAGCCCAAAUCAGACGACAAGAACAAAAAUAAGAAGAAGGGUAAAGAUGAGAAAUACGGCUCCGAGUUGACGACUCCAGAGAACAGCUCGUCUCCAGGGAUGAUGGACAUGCACGACGACAACAGCAACCAGAGCUCCAUCGCCGACUCGUCCCCGGUGAAACAGGAAAACAGUUGUAGCACCAGCCCGACCCCAGAGCCCGCCGCCACGUCUCACCGCGAGAGCAGCGAGGCCAAGACCGACCAGAGCCCGGACAGCAAGAGGGGUAAGACCACACCUUCAUCAGAGACCUCAGAGAGAGGACAAAGUGCCAAGAGAGAGAGCCUGUCCUCGGGGGAGAAGGACUCCACAGACAGCAAAGCCACUCAGGACCUAGAGGAGGAGGCCCCGCCCAGCAAGAAAAGCAAAUCAGAGUCCUCGUCCCAGGACUUUGAAGAGAGUUAAAUGUUUGGGUCUGAGUCCUCCCUCUCCUCCUUCCUCUCCUCCUUCCUCUCCUCAUCCCGCCAUUAACUCUAGAUGAUUUAGGGCUAAUGGAUGCACCGGCUCUCCUCUCACUACCCCCCCCCCCCCCUCUCUAACACUCCUCUGCCACAGAGGGAGAAUGGAUAUUACCUCUAUUCACUGGUCCCCUCCGAGCUUCCUUCCGGUUCUACACUUUUUUCCACGAAUGCCAAGAGAAGGUCUGAGCCCGGCCUGCAGUCCCUUCCGUGACCAGGGGCGGCGCCGUCAGCCGAGCCCCGCCACCGCCACCGCCACCGCCGCCCCCGCCAGGCCAGGCCAGGCGACAAACACUGACCUGCAUCUGUGACUAAAAAGAGUUAACACAGGGGACCUGAGAUUAGGACGGGGUUGAUCACCGGGCGCUGCUCUGAGACCGCUUUUUAAAAGAAAAACGUUUUACUGCUAAUGGUUUAGCCCAGCGAGGGUAACCUGGUCUCAGACCAGCGGCUGCGGGGGGGAACCUCCACCCUAAGAGCACGUCACUUCAAUCCUCCCGAUCCGCCUCCUGUUAGACUAAUGUUGGAUAUUUGUUUUUAGGAAAUGUUUUGGAUUUUUUCUCAGGAGGGUCAAUGCACUGUUAUGGUAUGUCACAAUCGAUCACAGAUAGAUUUGCUGCUGUAGUGAAGGCUUUUUUUUUCCUCUAUCCAUGAAAAGUUCUCCAUUCACGUUUUUUUAUUUUUUUUAAGUGUUAGUUUGUGGUUUUGUAGAAGAAGAAGAAGAAGAAGAUGGUACUGCUCAAGACAAACUCUUGGAUUAGUAGUGAAGACGGCGUAGGUAGCGUAGAUCAUGAAGGCGUGCCUUGAGUUGCCACGAUUAAAUACACGUUUUAGGUCAAGCAGGUUUUGGAUUACAACUUUGGUGCCAUGUUAUUGUUUAUUUAUGCCUUAUAUCAUCACUAAUUAGUCUGUUCCAAUAUGUAUGUGGAACUACAACACUUUUUUUUUUUUUUUGAAGGAAUGUUUGACAUUUUGGGAACUAUUUACUCUCUUACCGAGAGUCAAAUGAGAGGAUGGAUCUGUAUGUGUCUGUAUGUUAAUUGUGAAGCUGGAGCCAGGAGACGGUUACCUUAGUUUAGCGUAGCAUAAAG